AUGUCUCUCCCGCCAUCGACGAUUCGCAUCAAGCGCAAGCGCGACGACAGCGAAGCGCCCGUAACCUUUCUACAACUCGACGAGACUGUGAAGCGUGCGAGGAAUGGCAGUGGUUACAUUUACCAGCGCAAGCAACCUACACUCCCAGCAUCCGUCGACGCCCCAGCGACACCGCGACAAGAUGCCAAACCAACCAUCCACGUGUCCCCAUCGCCCAUCCCACUGCGCAAAACCCUCUCGCCGAAACCGAGCUUGUCGAGACUUCGAUCGGAGACACAAAGACGGUUUCAUCUGAGCAAAUCCAAUUUGUCCGCACAGGGGAGCGGCGUGCUUAAGAAGCGCCCAGCUGGACCGGCCGUCUUUGUCGAGAGGAACCGCAAAAGGGUGGCGCAACGACUCGAAGAGCAGCGAGGAGAGUCUGACUUUGCCGACGCGAAGACGGAGGACGUUUCGGUGAAUGAGGCCGCGCCGUCGCGCAAGCUGAAGCGGCCGGGCACAAAGACCGUUGCCGCGCAAAAGCCAGCUGCCAGUGCCGCGCCGCUGCCAGUUUCCGCUGCGAGACCGCACGCGGAGAAUAUGGACCGCAUCACGGCAGACAUGAAUUCGUGGGUCAUGGCGGAAAUUGGCGCUACUUUGCAAGAGAUGGACCAGGAGAAGCAGAGGACAGCAGCGCGGGCGCGACCGAAAGCACCAGCCCUACGCUAUGCGGACCGCCAUCCAGAGUCGAGGACACACGCACCCGGGAACAAGGAGGAUGAUGAUGCCAUGGCGAUUGACUCUAGCGACGAGGAUGAUGGCGACUGGGUGAUUGAGGAGUACGUCCGGAUCCCUCUGCAGAGCAUGACUGUCGACGUCAACCCCGGCGACGUGGGCGUUCUGGUUCUCGAGGGCGAGGAGGAGGAUGUCUUCUUCUUUGGGCCGGCACAUGAUGAGGAUGACGACUACCUCGAGGACGAUGAGGACGAAAACGCCGAGAAUCAUUAUACAGCCGACUACCCCGAGGACGAGGUCGACUCUGAUGAUGAAUACAAUCGUCACGCUUACUUUUACCGCAACCAGAAUGCGUCAGAUGACGAGGAAUACGACAAUGAACGGUUCGAAUACCGUAGCGACGAUGGAGAGGACGGUUUUGUCAUGGAGGGUGACGAUCACGAGGAAGUCACAAUGGCACGAAUCAAGAGGUUCAUGGAGAGGUCGCGCGAAGCUGGGUACCGCUAG